AUGAACACGGGCAAAAUGAGCAGAGCAGGCCUCGCCCUCCCAACCCCACAAGGGCAGUCCAGUGUGUCUGAAAUCCCGCUCUCAGAAAUCGCUCCCCAAGGAGAACAGCUACUGCGCAAGGGUGCCCCAUCCUCACCACCACAAACAUGGAUGGCGUUUUUGAAGAAGGAACUGGAAUUCCUGGGGGUAACACAAGUUCUGGUUGGUCUGUUAUGCUUUUCCUUUGGAACAAUUGCUUACUCUUUCAUCAAUAUGUCAGAAUUUGAAGGAAAGAUUUUUUCAUCAUUCAGAGCAGGGUACCCAUUCUGGGGAGCAAUAUUUUUUGGCAUUUCUGGAAUUUUGUCAAUUAUAUGCGAAAGGAAAACCACAGCAUAUCUGGUGAGUUUCAAGUCUUUGUCAAUCAUUGAGAAGGUACAAGGCAGACUGGGAACAAACAUUGUCAGCACUGUAGCAUCAGGGAUAGGGAUCUUCAUCCUCCUCAUCAACCUAGAGGCGAGUUGGUCUUAUCUCUACGGCUGCCCAGAGGCUGAUGAGAAUGACACUUGUUUUGCGGCCUCUUUUUCCACGGAAUUUGUGGCUAUGCUCCUGUUCCUCACCAUCCUGGAGCUUUGCUGUGCUGUGUCUACUAUGAUCUAUGGCAUUGGAGACUUAUUCAAGCAAGAUACGGUUCCAGAAGAUCGUGUUUAUGAAGAUUUAAACAUAUAUUCUCCGAUUUACAGUGAGUUGGAAGAAAGUGUGGAAACAUCUCCUUCCUCUGCCUCAUGA